CCCGGAAGCGGAGGGAGAUUCGAAAAUGCUCAGUGUUAUGGUUGUGCUCACGGACAAGACUGAUAGUUCACAACAAAUGUUCGUGGUCUCCACAAAUGGACAAAACAUUGGCUAGCAUUCGUAAACACUUUGGAGACUGUUGUCCUGAAUGGAUACUGUAAUAAGACGAGGUGAAGGGGCGAGUGAAAAGUGUUCCAAUAGAGGAGCUGAACAUGGAGCUGAAGCUGGAAGUGGCGCUUUCAUCCAGCAUCAAAGGGAAGAAGCCAUGGCCGCGCUUCUGCUGGUUAGGCAUGGAGAAGGAGAAUGUCUUCCUUUUAGAUGACAACCGCAUCAUCGAGGUCAACCUGGUGACAGGACGUACUAAGAAAAAAAAUCCAAAACUGCAAACUGUGCUCUCCAGUGUUGUGGUAAUGGCCAGCUCGCCAAAUGGUAUGUGGUUGGCAGGGAUACUUACUUCUGGAGAUCUGUUUCUGUGGAGUAAAGACACAGACUUGUUCAAGACAAGCUCUCCAGUGGCAGAUGUGAUUCAUCAGUUGACUGCAGCCAAAGAGAAUGGAGUACCCCUCACUCUGCAGGUGUCCGGGGAUGGCCAUCGAGUGCUUCUGCUGACCCUCUCGGGACAGGUGCUUCUGUGGGAGUGUACGUCCCCCCUGGAGCUCAGCGCAGUUCGUGGGGCCACAGUCAGUGGACGCUGGAGCCAGGUCCAUGCCCCGUCCAACACGGCUUUCCCAUCUGUCGCUGAUAAGGAAGCAAUCUGCCACAGUUUGUUCAUCCAGAGUCAGGUUCUUGGAGAUGUUUGCUUGAUUGCAUUUGUGUUCUGCGUUGGAGAGCAGUUGAGCAUCACCUUCCUGAAGCUGCAGUGGGAUGAGGGAGUGGAUAGAAAGCUCAGUCCUGUGGGAUAUGACGCACUCUGGGUGGCCAAGACGUACCCCCUGGGCCAGCUAGCCAUUCCCUGCUGCCCUGUGAAGUCCCGAGGAGCACUGGUGUCAUCGCUCUCACCUGAUGGUCUGCUACUGGCCAUUAUCAUCAACCAGAAGGACCCCAGGACAACCCAAGCACUCUUCGUGAGCACUCAGAACUUUGUGUCGGUGACGGCAGGAUUGGGAGGCUGUGGCAGUAAGAACCUUAGCAUCCCCGCCAAGUAUGUCAGGUCGUACUGGGUAGCGAGUGUGUGCUGGUCUCCGGGUGGUCUGUUCCUGGCGUGUGUGCUAAAGCGUGGCUCCCUGCUGAUGCUGAUGCGCCUAGGUGGACUGCUCACUCUCUCCACUACAGGAUGUGACAUCGACUUUGGUCCAGCCCACUUCCUUCCCAUCCACCCUCUAGUUACCUACAGGCCGCCUGCUCCUGUAGGUGGGGACGGCAACCUAUCCAGCUCCAGCGCCUCUCUCCGGGACGUCUUCAGGCAGCGCUACUCGGUCACCUGGCACCCGCGCCUGCCCUUCCUCAUCCUGUCCGACGGCUACAUGGCCACCCUGCUGCGGGCGCCCGGCCUGCCCGAGCCCAGCGGCCUCAUCAGCAGCCUGCUGCUGGACUCGGCUCAGCAGCUCGAGCGGGCACGUGCCCUCCUGCUGCAGACACAGCCACAAGCCCAGCUGGAGUCCCUCUCCAGCCUGAAGUUCACAGCCAGCUUGCAGGCCUUGAAGGACAGAGAGACUCCAGUCCCCAGCUUGCCUCUCUGUCUCCAAGAUGAUGGAACCACAGACGACCUACAGGAGGCCUAUGAGAGAGCCCAGGCUGAGGCUGAAGAUGAGUGUACCAACGAUGGUCAGUCCUCCGGACUGCGCCGGGAGGACGGGGGCAGCCUGGAGUUCGCCUCCAUGUUCGACACCCUCCAUGCCCAGCCGGACCUCCUCCAGGGCUCCCAGCGUCCCGGUGCGGCCUCCCUGCCGCUGCGCUCGGAGCUGGACGGGGCCCAGCGGGGCCUCCUCACUGCCUGGGCCCUCGCGGUGUCUCUGGGCGGCCGCGUCGAGCAGAGGCGCCGGCUCUUGAGGUACGUCGUGCGCUGCGCCGCCCGGUUGGCCCUGCUGCUUCGCCUGGGCGACGGCCUGGCCGCCGGUAGGAAGAAGGGCCGGGGGCGCACCUGGGUGUCCAGGGUGCUGCACCUGUUCCGGGCGCUGCUGUCCUUCGUGCCGUGGGACGGGUCGCGGGCGAGCGGAGGGAGCGCGCUGUCCGCUCUCGUGGAGCUCAGCCGGAGCUUCGUCCAGCUGUUCCUGUCGCCGGGCCCCGGCCUGCCCCUCUCCUCCCACAGCCUCGCCACAGCCACGGGGAUCCUGCGAUUGGCUGCCUGCUGCAUGGAUGAUGCGUACAGCCCGCCCCCCAGACCCCUCUCCCGGCAUGAGCACCCCUCGGACGAGUACCGCACCCCGAUGCUGCAGGAGCAGGUCACAGCGACUGAUCCAGAGUCAGUCCAGGCCUGCCCUCAAAGACCCUCCGCACGGCUGGGUUGCGUGUGGCAGGGGCUGUACAAGCAAACUCUUCAGUACCAGUCUGUGCUGCGCUCUCAAACUGACCACCAGGGCAGCGCUAGAGAGCACAAGAAGGUGUCGGCCACCCUGUGCCUGAUCCAGGGAGAGCUGCAGCGAGCUGGGGUCAGUCUGGCAGAGGACCCCGAGCUGCACUGUCUUGCUGGUGAGGAGCUCUUCCUCCAGGGGGCCUACACACAGAGCACAGAAACAUGGAGAGCAGAGCUGUGGGCUGAGCAAGAGAUAGCCGCUCAGGCCCCUCGGAGCUGCUACCUGCAGACACGCUACGGCCUGGCUCUCCUCUACAGUCUCCUGUACCAGUACCGUCUGCGGGAGGCCCAGUCUCUGGGCGACCACAUGGCCCGGCGACUGCUGCAGGAGCCUGGCCACGAUAAGGAGCCAGAGGAAGAAGAGUGUGUGUGCGGAAGCUGGCCCCCAGUACGAGUACACCGUGAGGUGGCUUGUGCCAUAGUCCAGAGCCUGGGCAGAUUCAUGGCAGCGUAUUUUGCCAACCAGACCCUGGCUGUGAGACCCCCCCACUGCGUGGACGUUCUGGACCCCCUGCACUUUCCUCAGGCCACAGGCCCACGUAUGGUGGCUCUGUCCCAGCAGAGCGUAGCCGCGGCUGUACGCUCCCAGCAUCUGUCUGAGCAGUGGACUGUGGGAUAUGCCCUGGAGCUGCUGCUGAUUGGUGGACUGCUGCCUGAAGCUGUAUGGCUGACCUCACGUUUGGGGGACUGGACCACAGCAGCAUCCCUCAGCCUGGUCUACAGCAACUACUGCACAGAGAACGCCCUGCUGAGCAGGUUGAGGUGGAAGGAGCUCCAUCUGCCUCCUGAGCUGCAACCUGACUCCAUCUUUCAGGCCCAGUUGGAGGCUCUGCUGGGUCCUGCGUCCACUGAAGCCGGUCAGGAGAAGGACUCUCACAGGAACCCGAGUGUGGAGGAGGGCGAUGAGGAGCAGCUGUGCCUGUGUGUGCAGGAGCUGCUCAAGGCUUCCGUCAUGGCGAGGGUGGAUGUUCUCUCGCGCCACAUUGGUCAGCUGCUGGCGGUUGCCAAGGAGACGUCCUCCGAGCUGGUGGCUCUGGUGCCUGCAGGUCUCUAUCUUCCGGCACCACCUCUCUACUGCCCUCAGCCAGCCCAGGAGCGCAGCGGCGAUGUGGGUCUGCAUGCGGAGCGUGCGUGUCGUCUGCGCGUGUCGGCGGUGGUGCGUAAGGCCCUCCUGCUGCUGCGUGCUGCCCGAUGUGCCCUGCCGGCCGCCCAGUGGUACGCUGGUCGACUGCAACGCUGCCGGAAGAACUACAGGAAGAUUCGGAAGUGUCCUGUGCCAACAGAGGCCUUAUUGCCAGAAGGCUUGAGGAGAUUUCUCAGUCACUCCGGCUUCUUCAAGCCACGGGCUACCGGAGAUGGACCCAUGGAUCCUGUUGUAGUUCAGACCUUAACAUGCUUCAGGGAGCUGUGUGGGCUUCUCUGGAUGCUUCACGUCCGAGACCAGCUCACCACCUCCUGCAGGAAGUACCAGGCAGCAAGGAAUCAUGGGAGAGAUGCUGAGAAGGGCCCCUAUGCUGACUCUGGCCUGUGUGAGGAUGCGAUGCGCUGGGCCUGUCGGCUGCUGCCCUUCUCCCGCUUCCUGUGUGCUGAGGAGCUUCUGCAGGACCUGCUCCUCAGCCUGCUGGCCCAGCUGCCGCCCACUGCCAUGGUUGCUGAGGUGCUAGUGUGGGCCUUCCCUGAGGAGGAACAGUCCGUUCGGGUGGCCCUGAGGGAGAAGUAUUGUACCCUACUGCACACGCUCAGAGCUUGCCCAGUGGUCCCGUCCAGUAACACACAAGAUGGCCACGCAGAUGCCUCGUGGCAGCCAGAGGAAAGCCUAGAGCAGCAGCAGCCGCUGAUGUCGGCCUUGCUGAAGAAGAGCCGGAAGCGGCGGGCACGACUCCUGUCCAGCGUGGCGAAGCACAUGGCGCGGGUGCAGCCUCACCUGUGGGAGAGGGAGGAGGCGGGCGAGGAGCGAGCGGAAUUCCCGUCCGCCGGACCGGACCGCCUCUCCCUGGGGGCCAGCCGCAGCCUCAGCUCCCUGACGGAAACGACGGCGGCCACGCUGACCAGCAACACCGACGCCAACACCUCUCAGCCCCUUUCGCCUGACCUGUCGGCUGGAUCACGUCACAGCACGUUGAAGCCGAAGGUGCAGGAUCGGUCUGGGGAGGCGAUGAAGCAGAACCCGGCCUCGUGCCAGGAGACAGACGCGGGCACGUUGCCCGUGGUGGGCAGCUGGGAGUUUGAGCUGGAGGAUGAGGAGUACGCACGCUUCCUGGAGCUCUUCCUCAGCUACCUGCUGGACCGUGGCGGUGGUGGUAGCCAGGAGGCGGAGCUGCCUCUGAUUGGCUGCUUCUGGGCGGGCCUGAGGGAGCGUGAGCUGCACUCGCUCGGCUUCGAUGUGCUCACCACCCUCAAGCGGCGCCAGCGGGACAUGAGGAAGGGCAGCGCGGUGCGGGCACACGCCCGCGGCGAUGCCCCUCGGCCUCCGGUCUUCUGGGCAGGCCGCUGCUUCCACGCCAAGCGGACCGACCCAGAGCCUGAGCGCCCGCCAUCAUCCACAUCACGAGCCUCCCUCCUCGUCCAGCCCUGCCCUCCCUCUCCUGGCCUGUGGUCGGGAAGGCAGCAAGCGGGAGUGUCCUUGGACCUCAGCCCUUUGCCCAGCGUGGCCAAAACCUUCCCCUCGUCGCCGUCCCUGGAGGUCCAGCAGGAGCUGGACCCGGACCUGGAGGCCCGCUUCCCCACGCUGGGCCGGCUGCUGGAGUGGAUGUCCCGCUGGGCCGAUCGCAGGGUCCUUCUCCGCAGGAUGGACGAGCAGAGAGGAGCGGGAGGUCCGGCCAUCAGGGCCAAGGCCUCCACCCCUGCGGUGCUCACCGCCCUACUGCUGCUGGAGCGACGCUAUAGCGCCGCCCUGCUGGUUGCAGACCAGAGCCACAUGAGGAUCCCUGAAGUGGAGUUGACUGUGGCCCCCGUGUUGCAGUUCCCCAGCUGCUCCGGGGAGCAACAGCGGGAGACGGAGGUGGAGGAGCGGGAGGAGGAGCGGGAGAAAGAGCGGCAGCGGGGCAGAGAGAGGGAGAGAGAGAGCAGCGUGGACACGGGCUACCCGGGCUCUGUGGGGACGCCCAUCACCCUGCCUGACGUGGACCUCCAGCCGCCCCAGGCCUCUGAGGCCUGUGAGCUGCUGGAGCUGCAGUCUGAGAGUGAGGAUUCUAACCUGGACUCUGUGGCCUCUGACCCUGACAGCAUGGAGGCGGCCCCCACGCCUCCCCCCACACAAGGCAGCCACACGGCUGAUGCCUACCUGUUUGAAGCAGAGCACAACUCAGCAGAGGAGUUGGCCCACCCAUCAGCCCAGAUUCCUUCGCCUAUGUCCACAGCACAGAGUGGACCCCUGGGCCAGGGUCUAACACUGGCAGACUUGGAGGGCACAGAGAGUCCAGGAAGUUCAGCUGCUGUCUCUGACCCUGAAGAGGAUCGUCUUUCAGACCACGGACCUCCUGAGGCUGACAGCAAAACAGAGGACAUACCCAUCCAAGAGGCUGCAGGACCAGCUCUACCACUGCAGGCCGAACGGCCCCUUACUGAGGCCCAUCCACCGGCAGGGCCUCUGGGGACCAGUCUGCCUCCCGCGGGCACACACUCAGGAAUGCCCGACACACAUGCAGCUCCAAACACCACUAACACUAAUCCUGUCACCCAGCUGGUGCAGGAUGAGCUCUUCCGCCUGGUGCAGUUACAGCAAAUCAACUUCAUGAGUCUCAUGCAAGUUGUUGGGGCUUCCUUUGCUAACCUGCCCCUCUCCCAGGCCAGGCUCCCCCUGCCCCAGUCCAACCCUCCUUUCACCUUCCCCAGUGCUCCCCAUCCCUCCCCUCUCCCCUCCCAUCCCAGCACAGCACAGACCCUUCCAGCCACACAGCCUCCUCAUGCGCCUCUGUCCCAGACCAACGGUCAUCCCACUCAGCCUCCUGGAAGCCAGUUUGCUGCUCCUCUAUCCCAUGUACCCCCAGACCCCCAGGGCCCCAUAUCUUCAGCCCAGCAGCACAGGGAACCAGAGAGGCGGGGCGCUUUCCCUGGACCUCCUCUCUGUGCUCAGCAGCCGCAGCUGCAGCCGCACCAGGAUGACCAGCAGUAUCCACACAGCACUCAGAUGGUGUUGUGUCGUUCACAGAGCAUGCAGCCGCUGACCAUCACCUCAGGCCCAGGGAGGAGCAGACCGUCUGAGUCCAUCCCUGCCUGCCAAGGUCUGCUCACCACAGUUGGAGCCUCUGUCACACCCACUCUGCCCCCUAGUGGCAGCACACAGAACAUCCCCUCACUGAUUCCCCUGGAGAGGACUCAGUCCCGGCCAGAGGGUCUCCGGCUCCUCCAGCUGCCUCCCCAACAGCCAGGCCUCUUGCGCCCCCCUCUCCCCAGCCCUGUGAGGGAAGCAUGGGCACCCCAGCCACCAAACGCACACCUACCUCCACCUCUGCAUCCACCUCCUCCUCCUCUUCCACAUCCCUCUGCUCACAGGUGGCCUGAGCGGACCGCUUGGGCUCCGGAGGUCUCCAGGGCCCAUGACCAGGGGGGCCCCCGUCUCCUCCCUGUUCCCCAGCAUGCUGCUCCCAGCUGUGGGCUACCCCUCCUGCACCUCCACCCCAGCUCCGGUCUCCCUGUCAGUCUCCCUCUGAUCCCCCAGCCGGCCCCGGCCCCGGCCCCAGCCCCAGCCCCUGCAUCCCUCCUCAACCCUGCAGGCAUGGGACCCUUCCCCAGGCUUCAGCUGCUGCAGAGGGGCCCGGAUCCACCCAGCACAGGGAGCCACAGCAAACCCCCUGUGCGCACUCCCCGCCUCAUCCCCCUGGAGGCGCUGAUGAGCUGGGCAGCUGGAGGUGCGCAGGGCCCGCAGAUGACCACACCACUGCUGAAGGCCUCCAUCCCUGCACCCUCCCACUCCCACGUCGACAGCCAGCCGAUCUGCAGCAGCACGCCGUCCACUCAUAGGCAGAGGAGGAGGAUGGAGAAGGAGAAGAAGGAGAGGACAGUGGAGGUCUCUUUUAGGCCUGAGGACUCCAUCAUUCCACCUGCAGAGCCUGAAAUAGAGGUCCCAGUAUCCGGAGAUGGAUUUGUCUUGCCUCUGGGCUCCUGUGACUCCAUGCUGCGUGGGCAGAGGCUACUGCAGGCGUCCAUCGCCACCGCUGCAGAGCUCCACGCCUUCGCCUCCACGCAGAAGAGACCUCCGGAGCUGCAGGACGCCGGCACCAACACAGAGUCAGCAGUUCCCCAGUUACGCACAGAUAAAUCCACCUCUGCCCAGCUGUCUCCUCCAGCCAGUGCAGCUCCACAGUCUGAGAGAGGGCUUGGUGAUGCAGCUCCUUGUCUGCCUCCUGAGCUUUUCCUGGACCUGCGGUUCCCAAAAGAAGAUGGCAGUCCACACAUCAGCGUCCCAGCACAGGAUGCUGAGGGGAGACGCUUCAUCAAUGUGAUCGAUCUGGAGGAUGAGGCUCUGCUGCAGGACCUGCCCCAGCGUCAGCCCCCUGUCCCCAUCACCACCACUGCCACCGCUCCCCCUAGCUCACCCACCUCUGCACAGCUCCACCUGCUGGCCGCCUCGGUGACCAACGCCACCCACACGCCGCUUCUCCCAGCCUCAGAACAGGAGUCCGACGAGCUCUUAGGAUAUGCCAGAGGCUGGAAGCCUGAGGGCUGGUCCUCGCUCCAGACCGCUCGUCCAAGCCCCUCUGACCCCUCUGAGCAUCUUCCCGCUGCCCGUCAGGAGGCGCCUCCUCCAGCUGUGCUGGCCGCAGCGGAGGAGCUCAGGGGAGACGCGCUCACGCGGAGCUUGCUGGACAAGCCGCUGUGGAGCACUGCCCAGCUGGACCGAAGCCAGGCGUCCUCGUCUCAGGUGUCCGUCCGGCAGGUGUCCGCCCGCCUGUCGGAGAUGGACAAGCAGCUGGCCGCUCUGCAGAGCAUCGCUGACCAGAUGGACCAGGAGUUCGCCGACACACGUCUGCUGGUGAGGACCAUUGACAGUCUGAGCCCUGGAUUCUUGACUCAUGCUGAGGAGAAGCCACAUUCUGGUCCACCCGCAGUCACCAAAGCAGUGAAGAGUUUGGUGCGGGGCGCGCGGCCCAACCUGGAGCUGACUGAUGUGCUGGAGGAAGAUGAAGAUAUUCUGUCCUCCAGCCCGGCGGCUGUUAGCCUUCCAGCCGCCAGGAGGAGACCGUCCCCACUUUCCCCACACCCCGUCUCCUCACGGACCUCCAUCCUCCAGCACCACUCAUCUUACUCCGCGGCCAUGGAGCAGAGGAUGUGGGAGACCAGCCAGGAUGUCACAGGAACCAUGGGAGACCAGUCAGGAAGCAGGCGGACAGAGGAUACACUGGGCCUGAGUGGUCUGAGUGGUCUGUCCGACGUGGCGGACAUCUUAGGAGAGCUGGUGCGGGACGGAGGCCUGUCCCCCACUGCUCUGGGUCUGUCCCACACCCAAGCCGCCAGAUUUAGCAGGUCGGUGCCAAGCCACGUACCUCAGCAGCCCCCGCGGAGCCAGCGGUCGGAGGAGGAGCGGCGUGAGCUGCGGACCUGGAUGAGGAGGAAGCAGCGGGAGCGGCUGGUGGAGUACCGGCGGCAGAGGGAGGAGAGGAGAGCACAUGAGCGCAAGCCUUUCGCCUCCACCGCCCCGCUGAAACCAAAUUCCAGAGAUGUCAGCCUUAAUCGAAAGAUCAAAGAGGAAAAGGACAAGAUAGCUCUGCUGGAGCAUCAUACCCAGAGAGCGUCUGAAGCGUAUAGCCUGAUGUCAGACCUGCUGACCACCCCACUUCCUGUGCCCACGGUCAUGCCACGCCCCAAGUCCACAAGCCCUGCUUCAGCCAAGACAACCAUCAGGAGCAGGAGCCAGUCAGCUGGCAGGACGACCAAGAGCCCUGGGGCGGCCCGCUCUCUCUCUUCUCCUGGAAGGACGGUGGUGCUGCCCCGCAGACGUGUGGGAUCAGCUCCGCACGAGAGCCUCAGCAGCAGACUGGGGCUGCACAGACCGGCAAGUGGUCUGCCAGGAGAUCGGCUAUCUCAGGUGACACGCAGAGGCAUGCUGACUUACACUAGAGGCAGAUCUGCAGGAUCUUUAAAAGAGACCCAUAGAAGACCACUGAGUCAGUCCCCAACUGGACGAAAGACGGAAAGACCCAGGAGGUCAGAGGAGCAGAGAGGACGCAAACAGCAGAGGGAAGAGGAGGUGGAGGAGGAGAGAGAGCUUCUGAGUCCCUGGGAACCGCCUCUGGAGAUUCGCAGAAUACUGGGCCUGGAUGUCCAAGACAAUGAACAGGGGGCCAGAGGGACUGAAGGUGACCUGGAUGCCCUUGAGACCCUCUCCGAGAGCACAGGGAGCAUUCUGGCCAAAAUUAACUGGGACGACAUCGAGAAAUUGGUGGCUGAGGUGGAAGAGGAUGAUGACUAGAUCUGAUGAGACUGAUGAUAUUUUGAGAAAUAUUUAAAUGUAUUUUUGCUAUUUCGUUCUUAUUGAAUGUGUAAAAAAAUAAAUAUAAUUUCUAAACCACA